AUGGUGGCAGAUUUUGUUAUCUUUGCGAUUUUCACACAAUUUUUUCUCUUUAAGAUUGCAAAGCAAGACUGGUCAAAGAACUGGCCUACGUUUACCACGGAUAUCGUUGAGUCAUCGAAGACGAAUGAUAACAUUUGUGUAAAUAAUAUGAAUAUCUUGAGUUUGCUAAGCGAAGGAGUGUUCGAUUUCCGGCAGCAAAAACCUAACUCAGGCUAA